CGUGAGAGAAGGGAGGAGGGAGUCAAAACAGACACAAAAUGGCUGCCGUAGGAGACGACGCUGCUGCAAUGGACAGCAUUUCCAAGGCGCCCGGGGCCCAUCCCGCGCCUCCGAACGCCGCCGCGGAUUCAAUGAGUCACGGGGAAAACGACGAGAACGUGAAGGAAGCACCGGUGCCCGUGGUUAAAAAACUCAACACGAACAACGAUGGUGGUGUGGAAACGGCAGAAGAAGCUGUGGAGCCUGCUGAGCCUGACAUCAACGUGUUGUGUACCGACAUGUUUGAAAAGAUGGCCAUCUUUCUUCAAGGAGAACUCACAGCCACUUGCGAAGAUUAUCGUCUGUUAGAGAACAUGAACAAACUGACGAGUCUGAAAUACAUGGAAAUGAAAGACAUCAGCAUCAACAUCAGUCGAAACUUGCAGGAUCUCAACAAUAAAUAUGCUAGCCUUCAGCCCUACCUAGAUCAGAUCAAUCAGAUUGAGGAGCAAGUGUCUUCGCUGGAACAAGCGGCAUAUAAACUGGACGCUUAUUCCAAAAAACUAGAGGCCAGAUUCAAAAAACUGGAGAAGCGAUGAAGGCAAGACACCAGGCACAUGUAGUUUUCCGUCCGUCACCUGGUCUAAUCCCGAUUUGAUGUCCGGUGCGUGCACAGCAAGGCGGGAGGACACAAACAGACAUUUGAGGCCACUUUGACUCCUUUAUUAAAAAAAAAAAAAGGCUUCCUGAGGUGGGAGCAGCUCAAGGCUGCAGUGUUUGGACUUAGAUUUGAACACGCAGAUCGCAAAGUGACGCAGCAGAGGUUGUACAACCGUGAGUGUGCACUUUAUUGAAAGCGCAAUAGCCUCAUCCUGAUUGAAUGGUAGCUUGUGAUCUAUCCUUGAUUCAUGUCACCAAUCGAAGCAUGUUCAGAGAACGACUGAAGGCAAACCUCCCCUUCUUCAAUAGUAGCCUGACAUGUGUUUAAUAUGAGUGAAAUGUUCUAUGGUGUAAUAUAUUUACUAAUACUUAACAUUAUUAUUAAUGUUUUUUUUUUGUUUUUUUUUAAUAAACCACGAUGUGUACUUGA